UAAAUGUAGGCAGCUGCCGAUUCAGAUUCUUCAUACAGAGGAGGGAAAGGCAGAACAGAAACAUCUCAGUUUUGUCAGCUAUCAAGACACCCAAAAUUUUCCAUGCCUCUCUGCUGGGGAAUCUGCUCUGCUGGGAAGAUUUCCCACGACUUCAUUGUGGCCUUGAAAACCCUGCCAGCAGAUCACAAGAUAGUUGCUAUUGCUUCUAGCAAACUCGAGCGUGCCCAGGAAUAUGCCAGACUCCAUGGCAUUUGCAGAGCCUAUGGCUCUUAUGAGGAACUUGCAAAGGAUCCUGAAGUGGAUGUGAUCUAUGUGGGUUCUCUCAACACCCAGCAUCUUGGUCAAACCACCCUUUUCCUCCGGGCUAAGAAGAACGUUCUCUGCGAAAAACCCAUGGGCAUGAAUGCCCGUGAAGUACGGGAGAUGAUACGGACAGCUCGGGAGAAUGAUGUCUUCCUCAUGGAGGGCUUCUGGACCAGAUUCUUCCCUGUAUCUGAACAAAUCCGUAACACACUGUGUCAGAAAUCUCUUGGGAAUUUAAAAGUGCUUCGAGCUCAAAUGGCUGUUCGGAUGGACGACAUUCCAAGGUUGAUAGAGAAGAAACUAGGUGGAGGUGUCAUCCUGGAUUUGGGCUGCUACUGCGUCCAGUUUGCCUCUAUGGUUUUUGGGCCUGAAAUGCCUCAAUCGAUUGUGGCCUCAGGAUUGUUGAAUAAAACAGGAGUGGAUGAAACCGUUUCCAUCAUCCUCAACUAUUCAGCGAAUCGUCAGGCUGUUCUUAACAUCACCAUGAUGAUUGACUUGCCAGGAGAAGCAACUAUUGGAGGAACUGAAGGCAUCAUCAAGAUCCCAGACAACAUGAACAGCCCUACAGUUAUGUUUCUGAAAGGGAACCGCUGGGAAUGGCCAUUGCCACCUUCUCCUGAGCGCCUCUACUUUAAGCAUAAUAUUGGGUUUCGGUAUCAGAUUGAACACGUCCGAGAGUGUCUGGAAAAUGGUUUGAAGGAAAGUCCUAUCAUGCCGUUAGAAGAGAGUGAAAGAAUUGUCUGUAUCAUGGAUGAAGCACGAAAACAGGUGGGAGUAGUCUAUGAACAGGACCGUAAUAUGUAAUGUUGAAACUGCCUAAUAAAA